CUUUCUUUAAUUCACAUACAUACAAACAUGGAUACGACAAUAUCACCAAUGUAUAAGAUUUCUAUUCACGAGCAUCCUCUUUUCUUUUCAGCUAUGUUUGUUGAAAAGAUUUGUGAUGGCUGCCAAGUAAGAGAAAUGAUGUAUGGUAGCUACUAUUGCAACGAGGCUUAUUGUGAUUAUCGGUUCCAUAAAGACUGCGCGGAAUCCCCACUAGAGAUCAAUCAUCACCCUUCCCACCCUGAGCAUUCUCUCUUGCUCACUAUGAUAUCUCCACAGGAAUUUGGUACUCCAUGUGACUUUUGUGGACAAGAGAUUGAGUCCAUAUGUUAUGAUUGUCCCACAUGUAAAUUCAAAGUGGAUUUGAUUUGUGGGACUAAACCCUCGCCGUCUGUUAUCGAACAUCCGGUGUGUCAUGACCAUACACUUGUGUUUUUGAAGAAAGAAAUGAAGAAAGAUCGGGUCCCUUGUGACGUAUGCAAGGAAUCUAUCAGUGGACCUUCCUAUUCAUGUCUUGAAUGCAAUAACGUGUACUUUCACUUGGAUUGUGUUCACCUCUCAAAAGAGGUAAAUCAUUCUUGCCACUCAAGUCACCCCCUUAAGAUCAUGCUAUCUGAAUCACUUAUAGAUGAUGAUGAUGAUGAUGAUGACGACUACUACGAGGUUGUUGACGACGACGACAAUGAUGCCCAAAAGAGUUGUCAUUUCUGUUUAGUUCAACCAGAAAAGGUGUUUUAUCAUUGUUCUAUUUGCAAUUUUACAUUGUGCCUUGGUUGUACUAAACGUCCACCACCUCUUGUUAUUGACGACGCCAAAACUCACACCCAUCCACUGACGCUCUUUCCAAGUAACAUCUUCUUUACUUGCAAGGUUGCUGGGAUUAAAAUUAACAGCUACAAGUCUUAUAUAUGUCUCAAGUGUGAUUUUGUUGUCUCUGGAUCUUGUGUUGGCUUACCCAGCAUCAUAAACAUUAAUCGUCAUGAUCAUCGCAUCUCUUUUACGCAUCAUCUUGGCCGUAAAGGUGCAAAAUGUGGAGUUUGUAGGGAAAAAGUGAGUCAGUACUACGGAGCUUAUUCUUGCUCGAUUUGCCCUAAGUAUGUAGUUCACUCACUAUGUGCAGCUAAUUUUACUGCAUGGAAUGGUGUGGAACUCGAAGGGAUACCUGAGACCAGCGAAGAUAUUGUGCCAUUUAAAGUGAUGGGUGAUAAUUUGAUACGUCAUUUCAGCCAUGAAAAACAUAUUUUACUUCUCUUGAAAGAUUAUGACAUGGUUGGUGACGACUACGAGAGGUUACGAUGUCAAGCAUGUGUCUCACCGAUUGGGUUUGGCCCAGUUUACAGUUGUCAAUAUUGUCGUUUUUUCCUCCACGAAAAGUGCGCUUAUCUUCCUUUGAAGAAAAACCUUGUCUUUGGCUCCUCACCAUACAAGUUGGAGUAUCAAGGCAAGGUUGUAUACUGUAAAUUGUGUGGUAUAUUCUCCGGUGGUUUUAAGUACAUAUCGCUAGGACCUUCUUUGGUACUUUCCACUAUAGAUGUACGUUGUAGCUCCAUUUCUGAGCCAUUCGUCUAUAAUGGGCAUUUCCAUCCCUUAUAUUUUGUUAAAACAAAGAAGAAACGUCAAUGCAAUGCAUGUGGAAGAUAUCCAGAUGGCUACAUGCUCACUUGUGGUGCUUGUGACUUUGACUUGUGUUUGUAUUGCGCUACUUUGCCUGAAAGGAUAUGGCAUAUUAGCGAUGAGCACCCUCUCACUUUAAAUUAUGGUGGAAAGAAAGCGAUCGGCAAAAACUGGUGCCAAGUUUGUGAGAUGAAGUUAGAUUCAAGGAAAUGGUUCUUUACAUGUUCUGAUUGUGGAGUUACUUUGCAUGUUGGAUGUGUACUAGGAGAUUUCUCAUGGCUCGAUCCAAACUGUUCUGUUUCCUAUAGGGGAAAAGAACAUUUAGCGAUUCUUAACCGUCAGAACAGUCGGCCAUUUUGCAGACAUUGCCACGAUCGAUGCAAGGCCCCUGUCAUCUUACAGGUCAAUGACGAACAUAAUGGAUACAUUUGCUCCCGUCCUUGUUUAUUGAAUAUGGCUGGUUAUGUAUAAAAACGCAAGUUAUGUAAUGUAUUUUUCUUUUGUUAAUGAAAAAAAAUAUGAUUCUCACUGUAAAUAAAUUCUUCUAAGAUUUCAAGAAUCAAUUCAUCCUUUCAAAAUAUCUAUCAAAUAA